CUUCUUUUCUUUCUUUCUUUCUUUCUUUCUUUCUUCUUCCUCUGUUCCCUGCUCUGCUCACUCCAUCAGUCCAUCCCAUUUCACCUCGCCCCGGCUUGGCUAGCUCCCAGGCAUUGCCUCCGCUUCGAGGGCCAUGGCGACCCUCAAGGGCGUCGAUGACGCCUUCCUCGGCGUCGGGGACAAGCCUUGGUAAUUUUGUUUUACCCAGGAGCAGCAAUAAAACUGCUCUGCUCACUGGAAUCUCUCGUAAGAAACAGGGUUGGACAUCUGGUGCGUUAUGGGCAGCAAUAUAGUUCCAAUUGCAAAAUCCUUCCAUGGCAAGUUCUAUACGGGGAACUGCUACAUCAUACUGAAUACAGCUGAGCUUAAGAGCGGAACCCGCCGGCACAAUGUGCAUUACUGGGUAGGGGAGGAAGCCAAACAGGAAGAUUGCUUCAUGGCCUCGGACAAGGCUGUCGAGUUGGAUGCGGCUCUGGGCUCCCAAGCGGUCCAGUACAGGGAAACGCAAGGCGAAGAAUCCGACGAGUUCUUGUCAUACUUUAGACCAUGCAUUAUACCAAUACAAGGUAGCUUCUCUUCGCACUGGAGUAGAUCUGGGGACGAAUGUGACAGGACUACGAUGUUUCGGUGUGAAGGAGAGCAUGUACCUCGAGUCAGAGAGGUUCCAUUUUCGCGUUCUUCACUGGAUCAUAGUGCAGCAUUUAUAGUGGACACGCCGUCGAAGAUCUUUCUUUUCAGUGGUUGUAAUUCUAGUAUACAGACAAGGGCUAAGGCAUUAGAUGUCAUUAAGCACCUGAGAGAAAACCGACAUUGCGGCAGAUGUGAGAUUGGGACAAUAGAGGAUGGAAAGCUUGUUGGUGAUUCUGAUGCUGGUGAGUUCUGGAACCUAUUUGGAGGCUAUGCACCUAUUCCCCGUGAUGUACCAGGCACGGUCAAUGGGGAGUCGAUGACUACCUCACCCAAGAAACUUUUUUGGAUCAACAAAAGAAACCUUGUUCCCAUGGAGGCAAAUUUGUUAGACAGAGAAAUGCUGAACUCUGACAGGAGUUACAUACUGGACUGUGGCACUGAAAUAUUCUUGUGGAUAGGGAUAACAACACUGGUUUCAGAGAGGAAGACAUCAAUUACCGCCUUAGAGGAUUAUGUACAUUGUCAAGGCAGAUCAUCAAUUGGUCGUACUGUUAUAGUGACUGAAGGUCAUGAAAUUGCCGACUUCAAACUGCAUUUUCAGCAUUGGCCCAAGAACGUUGUGCAAAAGUUAUAUGAGGCAGGGCGUGAGAAAGUGGCAGCAAUUUUCAAACAUCAGGGCUACGAUGUUGCAGAAAUUCCGGAAGAUAAAUCGCCGCAGCUCAUCAGUAGUAAUGGUUGUCUAAAGGUUUGGCUGGUAGACCGCGGUUGUGCAACCCUCCUUUGCACUGAGGAGCAGGAGCAACUGUACAAUGGGGACAGCUAUAUCAUACAGUAUAGCUAUGCUGAAGAUGGAAAAGAUUAUCAUCUGUUCUUUGCUUGGUCUGGACAGAAUAGCAUACAGGAAGACAGAGUUGCUACAGUUUCAUUGGUGUCAAGCAUGGCCGAUUCAGUCAAAGGGCAUGCAGUUGUCGGGCAAAUGUUUGAGGGCAGAGAACCAGAGUUGUUUUUCCUAGUAUUCAAGUCAUUGGUUAUAUUCAAGGGGGGCAGGAGUGCUGCUGCUGCAUAUAUGAACUCUGUUCUACAGAAUAGCAAUAGAACUGAAUGGUAUCAGAAAGAUGGAACUGCAUUAUUUAGGGUUCAAGGGCUGAGACAUGAUUGCAUACAAGCCAUUCAGGUCAAUCUGGCCACAAAUUCUCUCAAUUCCUCGCACUGUUACAUUUUACAAGACGGUGCUUCUUUGUUUACCUGGCUAGGAAGCCUUUCUUCACCAGGUGAUCAUGCUCUACUUGAUAGGAUGAUGAAUAAGUUGUGGCCACUAAAGCAAUCAUUGUUAGUAAGAGAAGGUUCUGAGCCUGACCACUUCUGGAAAACAUUAGGAGGAAGAUCAGAAUACUCUAAAGAAAAGCUUGUCAAGGGUUGGCCUGCAGAUCCACAUAUGUAUACUUGUACUUUCGAACAAUGUCUGUUCAAGGCAAAGGAGGUGUUCAGCUUCACGCAGGAUGAUCUUGCAACUGAGGAGACUUUGAUUGUGGACUGCAGCGAAGAAAUCUACGUCUGGGUCGGACUUCACUCCGGUGUCACGUCCAAGGAGCAUGCUCUUGACAUCGGCAAGAUGUUCCUUCAAGCAGGCAUUGGUCAGGAUGGACGGCGUUCAAUCGACACAACUGUAUAUGCAGUUGCAGAAGGGGAGGAACCUGCAUUUUUCACCACCUUUUUCGACUGGGAUAGUUCAAAGCAAGCAGAAGCUACGUUGGGGAACUCAUUUGAGAGGAAGCUCGCGAUGCUGAAAGGUCUUUCACCAAAAUUGGAAGAGUCGUCGCCGGACACCAGGAUCAGCCUGCGCAAGUCACCGUCGAGAAGACCUGCAGCUGCAGGGAGACCAUCGGAGCCAGCAGCCACGCCGGAGCAGCAACCGUCAGCAAGGAAGAUUGCGUUCGGCUCUGCCGGGAGGUUGGCUAGAGAGAGAUCCCCAUCAGCGUCCGGACUACUGUCCCCAUCGUCAGCAUCAUCGUCUCCUAAGAGCCGCGUGAACUCCUCGCCGUCGACACCGGCGGUGGCGCGGCGGCUCUUCAGCAGCUCCUCAAUGCACGCGGCGGCCGAGGCAGCAGCAGCUGCCUCGCAUGUCGCCUCCCCUACGGCCAAAGGAUCACGACGACGGUGAUAGCAGAGACAGAACUCUGUAAUUCGGCUGGGCCGGGCCUUUCGCUGCACGUAGGCCUCACGACGGAGAGGACGGCCCACGGGCCGGCCGGCCGGCUGCAUGAUGUAUAUUUGCGUUGCACGCGCGACGACGUACGCGACGUGAAGAAGGCAAUCGAGAUCCUUUGUGUGUUCUUUUUAAUAACCUUUUUAAUGCGUGUGUACAUGUGUAUUUGUCGAAGAGUAAUUUUUCGGACAGUAAUUUGUGCAGCCGCGUUCCGCAGUCAAAGCCGGAUACCGAGUGAAUUAACCGUUUCUGGCUCAA